UUUCUCUAUCUUUCAAUUCAUUUGCAUCAUCCUCAUUCACGUCGUUCACAUCUGUCUGCAUCUCUCUCUAUCAUUUUUGGGCGUUUCUCGAUUGGGUUUUGGAGGAAUUCCUCGAAGGGCGUGAUUAUGGAAGAAGUUACAGAUGCAAGGCACCUGUUAAACAAAGGGGGGUCACGACAGCUGUAGCUUCGUUUGCACCUUGGGAUUUCUUGAUGUCGAGGGGUUUCCAGUUUGGCAAUCUCCUCCAUGAAUUGUGAUGGGGGUUUGCAAAUGGCUCCUGCAGUUGGCUCGGUUUUACAGCAUGGAGGCAGAUGACGAUGGUGGUUUUGCAUCAGUAUUUCAACAACUAGACUAACAUGGGUUCUUUGUGUGCUGAUACCUAACAAGUACUUCCUACUGUAAGUAUUUAACAUGGAUUAAUCUUGGCUAAAUUUCCCAAGAGCCAGAGCUACUUGCAUUGUCCAUUGCCUUUGGCUAAUAGCAUAUGGGUUUUGAAAGGUCUGGCUCUUGAUAUUCUCUGGUAAAGCAAAUCCAAAAAGUUCUGGUAUAGUUGUAGUUUCAAUAUUUAUGGAGGGUUUGGGAUUGGGCCUGGGGUCUGUAAAGCAGUCAGCAGCACGCAAACUAAACUCCAGCAGCUUUCAGAAAGACUUGUGGUUCAUUGCACGAGAAGGUUCAUUAACUGAUUUAGAUGCUGCGUUGUUGCUGCUGAAGAAGAACGGCGGAAAUAUUAAUUCGAGGAAUGCGUUUGGCCUCACUCCUCUUCACAUUGCUAUAUGGAGAAAUAAUGUGCCUAUUGUGAGGAGGCUACUUGCUACCGGUGCUGAUCCUGAUGCCAGGGAUGGAGAAUCAGGAUGGAGCAGCCUACACAGGGCUCUCCAUUUUGGUCAUCUUGCUGUGGCAAGUGCUCUUCUCCAGGCUGGUGCAUCCCUUACAUUGGAGGAUUCCAAGUGUCGCACCCCUGUUGAUCUCCUUUCUGGACCUGUGCUACAGGUUGUUGGAAAUGGACAUAAUUCAGUUGCCACGGAAGUCUUCAGUUGGGGAAGUGGCACAAACUAUCAACUUGGUACUGGAAAUGCACACAUACAGAAGCUUCCUGGCAAAGUUGAUGCACUUCAAGGUUCUUAUACUAAGAUAGUUGCUGCUGCGAAGUUUCAUAGCGUAGCAGUUGGUGCUAGUGGUGAACUGUACACUUGGGGAUUUGGAAGGGGAGGUCGCCUUGGGCACCCUGACUUCGAUAUCCACAGUGGUCAAGCUGCAGUUAUCACUCCUCGGCAGGUGACCCUUGGGUUAGGAUCUCGCCGAGUUAAGGCUAUUGCAGCAGCCAAACAUCAUACCAUCAUUGCAACAGAGGGCGGGGAAGUGUUUACUUGGGGGUCAAAUCGAGAGGGUCAACUUGGUUAUACUUCUGUGGAUUCCCAACCCACACCACGACGUGUGAGUUCACUCAGGACAAAAAUAGUUGCUGUUGCUGCUGCAAACAAACAUACUGCUGCAGUUUCCGAGUCUGGUGAAGUUUUUACAUGGGGCUGCAACAAGGAAGGUCAGCUUGGAUAUGGCACCUCCAACUCGGCCUCAAACUACACUCCACGGGUGGUUGAAUAUCUGAAAGGCAAAGUCUUAAUUGGAGUUUCGGCAGCAAAGUAUCAUACAAUUGUACUAGGAGCAGAUGGGGAGGUAUUUACUUGGGGUCACCGACUUGUCACCCCAAGGCGUGUCGUUGUUGCUCGAAAUAUAAAGAAAAGUGGGACUGCACCAUUGAAGUUCCAUCGGAUGGAACGGCUUCAUGUUGUCUCGAUUGCAGCGGGAAUGAUUCAUAGCACAGUUCUCACAGAAGAUGGUGCUCUAUUUUAUUGGAUUUCCUCUGAUCCUGAUCUCAGAUGCCUACAACUGUAUUCACUGUGUGGGAGGAAUCUGGUGAGCAUUUCCGCUGGUAAGUACUGGACUGCAGCAGUUACAGAGACGGGAGAUGCUUACAUGUGGGAUGGGAAGAAAUAUAAGAAUGAGACUCCCAUUGCUACUCGCUUACAUGGUGUUAAGCGUGCCACCUCAGUUUCUGUCGGUGAAACGCAUUUGCUGGUGGUUUGUGCGCUUUACCAUCCUGUUUACCCCCCUAAAUUGGUUGAAAUUCCUAAGAAACAAAGGUUAGAUGAUGGCGAUGAAUUGGAGUUAGAUGAGGAUUUUAUUUUUAAUGAUACGGAAAAAGAUAGUAAAAAGGCAUCUGCCAUGCACAAGGAUGAUUCAGUUAAUAGAUCCGUGCCAAGUCUGAAAAGCCUUUGUGAGAAAGUGGUGGCAGAGUUUCUGGUGGAGCCGAGGAAUUCUAUACAACUUUUGGAAAUUGCAGAUUCUCUGGAAGCUGAUGAUCUUCGGACGCACUGCGAGGAGAUGGCUAUUCGGAACCUUGACUACAUUUUCACAGUCUCGGCACCAGCAGUUGCAAGUGCAUCACCAGAAAUCCUAGCAAGGCUAGAGAAGUCACUGGAUGCAUGGUCCUCUGAGACAUGGAGUUAUCGUCGGUUGCCCACUCCCACAGCUACUUUUCCUGCUGUUAUUAACAGUGAAGAGGAGGAUAGUGAGAGUGGAUACCAUAGGCUGCGUGCCAAUCAUGAGAAACCUAUGUUAAACAAUUACAGAGACCAAAGAGCGGAUGGUUUUCUACAACCUCAAAAUGCCGCUGACGAAGCCAUCUCCAAACAAGUCAGAGCGCUGCGGAAGAAGCUGCAGCAGAUAGAGAUGCUUGAGGAUAAGCAAUCUAGUGGUCAUCUUCUUGAUGACCAGCAAAUAGCAAAACUCCAAACCAGGUUCACUCUUGAAAGUGCACUCGUUGAGCUUGGUUCUCCACUCGAGACGCAAGACAAAGCACCAUCUUUGAUCUCAUCGGAUGGGAAAGGAAGUAAGAAGUUGGAGACACCCAGAAAGCAAAGGAGAAAGAAUAAGCAGAGGGCGUCACAGCCAGAACCGCACACUGGAAAGCACGAAAUCUGUGCUGAACUAAACUCGAUCAAGGGGUUCCCAGAUGUCAAAACCCCUCAAUUUUCUAAAGAAAAGGGAGACAUGGAUGGGAAAGAAACUAGUGACAGUCACACCAUCGAAGAGAGCAAUUUUCAUAGUCCAAAAGAUAUUCUUGACUCCCCGCAUAAUAGUAAGAGUUCCCGAUCAACUCCGUCUAAGAAGAAGAACAAGAAAGGUGGUCUGUCAAUGUUUUUGAGUGGCGCUCUUGAUGAUGCUCCAAAAGAGGUUGCUCCACCACCAACACCCAAAACACCCAAAAGUGAGGGCCCUGCAUGGGGUGGGGCCAAGAUUUCAAAGGGACCCACUUCUCUCCGUGACAUUCAGAAUGAGCAGAGUAAAACAAAGGACAGUCAGCCAAAUAGGAGGACGAGGGAGCGAGUUGAGGAUUUUGCUGAGGGAGGAAAUGGUGGACAAAUUCAUUUGAGUUCAUUUCUUUCAGGGGUACCGUCGAGCCCAAUAGCUGUGGUCCCAGCCCGGGUGUCGCCAGUAUCUGAUGGAGAGAAGAGCACUCCACCUUGGGUUACUUCAGGGACUUCGCCCGUCUUAAGUCGGCCGUCUUUGAGAGACAUUCAAAUGCAGCAGGAAAAACACCACCUGAGCAUUUCUCACAGCCCCAAAACGAGGACUGCAGGUUUCUCUGUCACUUCAUCUAGCCAGGGUUCUCCAUCAGAAUCCAACGGCCCCAGUCGCUGGUUCAGGCCAGAGGUGGAUGCACCCUCUUCAAUCCGCUCCAUUCAGAUUGAGGAGAGGGCGAUGAAAGACCUGAAGCGCUUCUACAGCAGUGUCAAGCUGGUGCGGAACCAGACUCAAGUGCCGUGAUGUCUUCUCCGAUCAUCCUAAGGUGUAGGAAAUUAGAGAUUUUAUUUCAGAGUUCUAGUUGGUUCUGUAAAUUCCGACUGUACAGAUUUCUGUAAAUUCAUUUAUGUAUUUAUAGCUUAGAUUUCUCUCCUCCUUGACUUUGUUUCUCUUAGGCUAUCCUUGAUGUCCAUAUUUUUGUGUAUUUUUAGCUUAUAGAUUUUCUAGUUGCAGUAGUUCCGUUC